GUGUGAUCCAAUAUUGUAGUCUUUUUCUGCGUGCCACAUCCUUGUGCCGAAUGAGGACAUUAAAUAUUUCAUUUGUGCAUCCUGACAAAGUUUAUUUCUUACUUAAAUUUUGAUUAUUAUUGAUAUAUUCUGACUUCUGAAUUUACGUAUUAUUGGAAAAAAGUUACAAGAUGAGUCGUUUAUGGGUUAUUGCAUUUCUGAUGGGCUUGCUACUAAUUUCCUUGAACGGAGCGGUUGAGGACGGGAUCAAUAUUUGCGGCCCAAAUCUUUGUUUUUGUGACAUUGAAGUAAAGCCUAUUGAAAUCAGUUGCGACGGGAUUCAGUUGAAAUCUUUUUGGGAAGAGGAGGAUUGGAAUGCUACAUUUUUAGCAUUAAAUCUUACUGGAAAUGAAGCACUUUCUGUAACAUUUAUUGGGAACGAGAUUGAGCACGUUCCUAUAUUCCCAAAUAUUAACAUAACCAUGUUGUACCUUCAACGGAAUAAAAUUAAAUCCAUUGAACCUUACGCAUUUUCACGUCUUGGGUGGUUGGAGUCACUCAAUUUAGCGAAAAACGACUUGAACAGCAACUCUUUAAUGGAAGGAAUAUUUUUCGGGCAGUUUAAAAGUGAUAGCACGGGUUACUUUCCCAUGCCUUUAAGACAUUUGAAUUUGUCUUACAACAACAUUCAUAGUAUUCCAAAGGAUUCAUUUGACCAUUUUAAUAGCCUUACAACUAUUGAUUUGGGUGGUAAUCCGCUAAUAACUUUGGAAGGGAAUAGCAGGCAAGCAAUCAGUGAUAUGCCAAAACUGGAGUUUCUUGGUUUGAGCAACACUUCCAUAUCUAGUUUGCCAGAAGGAAUGCUUCAUGGCCUUAAUUAUCUUAAUGCUUUGGAUUUGUCAUACAAUUUGUUCAAAACCGUCCCCAAAGAGUUCCAGGAAAAUCAUCAACUCCAAGUCCUUACUUUAGAUGGCAAUCUUUUUGAGACCUUAGACAAAGAUUCUUUCCAGGGUCUUGGAUCAUUAGUGGAUUUGAGUAUUUGUCAUAUUCACACAUUGAGAAAAAUUGAGCAGUAUGCUUUCAGCCCUUUAAAAAAUUUGAAGAAAUUGGUUAUGGCAUUCAACCCACUUUUGAAAGACAUUGAUGAUGGAGCAUUUGAAGAUUUAGUUGAAGAAGACAAUGCUGAUCAGUGGCCCAUAGCUGAAAUUCACCUAAACGAUAACGGGCUUACUCAAAUUGACCAAGCACUUCUUCCGUGGAUGCAGUUGGAUUAUGUGGACAUUCAAAAUAAUCCUUUCAGAUGUGAUUGUAACUUGGAAUGGAUGGUUCUUGAAUUGGUUGAAAGGAUUCAUACAUCAACUCCAGCUUUGACAUUUGAUUUGACUUGUGCGGAGCCGAAGGACAUGAAGGGGAAGUCAAUCAACACUCUGACAAAGGAAAGGGAACUAUUUGGCCGGUGCAGUAGAGGUGCUAAUGGAAAGUAUGGAAACCUGGUGGCUAACGAUUACGACCCCACAGACACUGAUCCCAUUAAAGCUGCUGGAGUGACAAUCUUAGUAAUUGGGAUAUUGUUAGUGGUUGUUGGACUUUCCAUUCUUGGCUUCGCUGUGGUGAAGAGGAGAGCCAUCACUCAAGCCUUGAUGGCACCAUCAUCUCAAAUUCGCUAUGAGCGAGCUGACACGGAAGAUGGCUCCGAGUGGAAGUACAGCCAACCUUCGGCAGGCUACAAAUGAGCAUGACACUGCGUCAUAUUAUUAUGACGUGAUUUCGCACUUGACAUCCUUUACGUCCUUCCUUUCUUGUUGUAAUGCAUGCAUAAAGACUUAAUCACUUUGAUCACCUUUCAGAUCCAAUGGAUCGUAAUUUCGUAAUAAUUAUCGUAAUUUUUAAUCUUGAAUUUUAUUUUAAGUUAAAUUUUUAAAUUUCGUUGAAAUGUGACGAGCACGAUUCAGUCUUCUAAAUGUUUUUAUUUUUUAUGUGAUAUAAUAUAUUUAGAUAUUUCGAAUAUUUUAACUAUGCUGAUUUUGUAAAUUAUAGCUACCAUAAUAUAUUGAUGACUGUUUAUUAAUGAAAUGAAUUUUUACAUGAACCAAAUUGUGUCAUCUAUAUUUUGUUCAUAUGAAAGUUGACGAGAUAUGUGUGUGUACAUAUGCAAUUAAAAUUAGUGUGAUAAAAUUCUCGACGGUUUCAUAGUA